AUGGCGACUCACCUGCUUGCCGCUCUGCUGUGCUGCGCUUCGGCUCUCCUGGUGGCGGCCACUUCCCCCCCUGUGACAUGCGUCGAUGACGCAGGGGCGGCGGCGACUAUCUUGGCCGUGCAACACAUCAACGAGCAUCACAAGCACGGCUACAAGUUCAAGCUGGACGAAGCCCAAGCCAGCAACUUUCAACAGGGGUCAGACCGUUGCCAUUUUGAUCUCAUGUUCAAGUUGAGACAGACCAAAUGCCAUGUCAGCAACCCCAAAUCUCACGAGGACUGCGACGUCAUGUCGCGCACCGACCGGGGCGCGUUGGCCACCUGCAACAGCACGGUUGAGGUGGUAGGGGGCGUGGCCCACGUUGUCUCGCACAAUUGUGACACCAAAGCAGAGUUCACCAACGCCGAGAUUGCAAUGAUUUGUGCCACCUGCCCCGGCUUGAUGCCUUUGGAUGACGAGACGGGCGCGAAGGCGGCUCAGGCGGCCGUCAAAAAGUACAACCAGCAGAACAACCAUCUUCACUACUUUGGCCUGAUGGAGAUUUCACAGCUGCAGACCUAUUACAACUCGAGCCCGACCGGCGGCACCUUCUUGAGACUAGAGUUCGCCCUGGUGGAGACGCAUCACGCCUUCUGCAAGACGAGAUACAGAAUCAACGGAGAAGAAGUUGGAGAUCUUGACUGUGAACUGUAUCUCCCCAAAGAUAUCACCCCGCUAGCGGACGGCCAGAUAGAGCCCGCGUGCGUGUUGUUUCACAACAGUCAGGAAGAUGCCGCCUGCCACCACCAUGUUGGCAACCAACAGCCGGAGAUCCACCAGAUAUGCCCCUUCCCGCCUGCCGUGUUGCAUGCGGGACAUGCGGAUGCGUAA